AGGUUUCAUGUGAUCUAACCCAUGCCACACCCCACAGCAUCAGGAGGCUGUGCAUCACUGCGGGGCCUUGGGGACGUGAAGGCCUACAGGGGUUUUCCCCAUCUGCCUGCUCCCUCGGGUCCUUCACACCACAGAAGAUUUCACCUUCCCCUCGUGCUGGCUUCCUUCCCUACAAUGGCUACAGGUGAAGAGAUCGCCCCUGUCCUGCAGGACUCGUGGGGGGACUUCUGGCUCUUCCGUUUCUUUGUUAAUGCUGCUGGCUAUGCGAGUAUUGUGGUACCAGGCUUCCUCCUCAUCCAGUACUUCAAGAGAAGGAACUACUUGGAGACAGGCCGAGGCAUUUGCUUCCCUGUCAUCAAAUCGUGUGUGUUUGGCUCUGAGGUGAAGUCUGUACAUCAGGAUGAUGGCUCCCUGCCACCCCGAGCAGAGCCCACAGAGUCCUCCACAGCCCGACAGGUCUUCAAGCUGCUCUUCUGUGCUGCUGGUCUACAGGCUUCCUACCUCACAUGGGGUGUCCUCCAGGAGCGUGUGAUGACCAGAACGUAUGGUGCCACUGAAACAGACCCUGGUGAGAAGUUCAAGGACUCCCAGUUCCUUGUGUUCAUGAACCGCAUCCUGGCCUUCACAGUGGCUGGUCUGUACUGUGCCCUGACCAAGCAGCCACGCCAUGGGGCUCCUAUGUAUAAGUACUCCUUUGCCUCCCUGUCCAACAUCCUCAGCAGCUGGUGUCAGUAUGAGGCACUCAAAUACAUCAGUUUCCCCACCCAAGUGCUGGCCAAGGCCUCCAAAGUGAUCCCAGUGAUGAUGAUGGGCAAACUGGUGUCACGCAAGAGUUAUGAGUACUGGGAGUACCUGACUGCUGCCCUCAUCUCCGUGGGGGUCAGCAUGUUCCUGCUCUCCAGUGGUCCUAACAGGACAGUGUCCACUGUCACCACUUUCUCUGGCAUAGUGCUCUUGGCUGGCUACAUAAUCUUUGACAGCUUCACCUCCAACUGGCAGGACGCUCUCUUCACCUACAAGAUGUCUCCCGUGCAGAUGAUGUUUGGCGUCAAUGUCUUUUCCUGCCUUUUCACCGUGGGCUCGCUCUUGGAGCAGGGUGCCUUGCUGGAGUCGCUGCGCUUCAUGGCUCGCCACUCGGAGUUCACCGCCCACGCCGUGCUGCUCUCCGUGUGCUCUGCCUGUGGCCAACUCUUCAUCUUCUACACCAUCAACCAGUUCGGGGCAGCUGUCUUCACCAUCAUCAUGACACUCCGACAGGCCUUUGCCAUCCUCCUCUCUUGCCUCAUCUAUGGGCACACUGUCACUGUUGUGGGUGGGCUGGGCAUAGCCGUUGUCUUCAUGGCCCUCUUUCUCCGUGUCUAUGCCCGCAGCCGCAUGAAGAAGCGCAGUAAGAAGCUCCCGCCGGGGGAGACCCCUGUACAAAAGGUCUAAGGAAGCUGAGGCCAUGGCAUCUAAGCCAUGCCCGCUGUCCUAUCUCCACUCGAGGGUAUUUGCUUGAUUUCUCAGAACCCACUGAGGAGAAGAGUGGGGUAUGGAUAGGCAGGACCAGUGACUCAGUUUUCUACCUGCUUUUCCUGGGAAAGGGGCUGGAACAAGCCCAGGAAAUGCUCUGGGCUGAUGCAGCUCUAAACUUUUCCAUUUGCCUUAAUAGGUCAAAGACUUACAGCCAAGGCACAGGCCUGGGAGCACACCAGCAUGGGGCUGCUGGUAUUCCUGCCUCACCUCUGUCUUGUGGCUACUCCCCAAAGUCAGUGAUGAACAAGGGAACUCCUCCCUGGCACUGUCUUGCCUUUGGCUAAUGUUCUUCCAGUUCUGUUAGUAUUACAGAGCCUGGCAGAAGGAAAGGGCAAGUAAAACACUAGGUUUCUUUUUGAAACACCUCUGAGUGAGGCAAGUCCCAAGCUGAACCCAUCAAAGGGUGAGGAGCGCUCUUCCUCCAUUCCAGGAGGGGCUCUGGGUAGUACAGGCACAGCUAAGGGAAAGACUCGCACUCUGUCCUACCCCAGGCCUGGGAUCUGCUCUGGGACGGCACUGCAAUGAAAGCCAGUACCUCCCCAUUUGAUUUUAUCAAUUCUUUGCCCCUGCCACAGGACGCUUUCCUUUGCUUCCCUCAACCCAGGCUGAUUUGUAUGCAGUACCUGAGCUGGACAGUUCCCAAGGCUUGCAGAGUCCUUUGAGGUUGCUUUUUGGUUACAUCUGCUGCUGGUACUGGCCAUAGGCUGCGCUGCCCAGAAGCCCCAGCACGGCCUUGGGGUUCCUCAGUGCCACAGUUUCUGGGCUUGGCAGUUGCCAUUCAGACAAGCACAAACAACCCCUCUUUUUCCUGUCACUUGGAGGCACUAGCCCUGGUUUUCCCAGGGGCUGGCCAGAGUCUGUGCCUGGAGGGUUGGGACAUGGGGCAGAGCCCGCUUGCGGUGCCUUGUUCCUGCUCCACAGACAGCAGGGGAUGGAGCAGUGAAAGCUGUUCUUCCCCAGAAGCCUGGGUUUUAUUGGAUAAUCCUUUUCUCAUCAACACAACCUGCCUGAAAAACCAGCAGGUUUUGGUACUUUUCCAAGGCAACCUUUUUUCUCUUUUUAUUUUAUUAAAUUAAAAAUAUGCUGCAUAUAGUG